AUGUUCCUUUACCUGCUUACCACCCUACUUCUUCUACUUAACACCUUCACUCAGGACACUGUUUUGGCUGAGGAAUGUGUUGAUGUAGGGCCAAAGCGGGCUUGCGAUACGAUGAAACGGAAAUUCAACUGCGAAGGCGAUUGGCAGUUUGCUGCCAAGAUUGCCUGCAGAAGAACAUGUGGUCCAUGUGAAGAACAGUAG